CCAUAGGAGACGGACGAGUUGCAGAAGGGGGGCGACGAGAUGAGGAUCGAGGAGGUCCAAUCUGCCUCCAAGAAGCAGCGCAUCGCCACCCAUACGCACAUCAAAGGCCUCGGUCUCGAUGCGAACGGAAAUGCUCUUCCUUUGUCUGCUGGGUUCGUCGGGCAGGGGUCUGCUAGAGAGGCAGCGGGCAUUGUUGUGGAUAUGAUACGGCAGAAGAAGAUGGCUGGGCGGGCACUUCUGCUUGCUGGGCCUCCCAGCACCGGCAAGACUGCUCUGGCUCUCGGCAUUUCUCAGGAUCUCGGAAGCAAGGUCCCCUUUUGCCCUAUGGUUGGAUCAGAAGUGUACUCAUCAGAGGUCAAGAAAACUGAGGUUCUUAUGGAAAAUUUUCGAAGGGCUAUUGGUCUGCGUAUCAAGGAGACCAAGGAAGUCUAUGAAGGAGAGGUGACUGAGCUUUCUCCAGAAGAGAGUGAGAAUACAACUGGUGGAUAUGGGAAAAGCAUAAGCCACAUAAUUAUUGGACUAAAGACUGUUAAGGGAACCAAGCAAUUGAAGUUGGAUCCAACUAUUUAUGAUUCUUUGAUCAAAGAAAAGGUUGCUGUAGGUGAUGUUAUUUACAUUGAAGCAAAUAGUGGUGCAGUGAAAAGAGUAGGCAGAUGUGAUGCUUUUGCUACAGAAUUUGAUCUUGAAGCAGAAGAGUAUGUUCCAAUUCCAAAAGGGGAAGUUCAUAAGAAAAAGGAAAUAGUACAGGAUGUUACACUGCAUGAUCUUGAUGCUGCAAAUGCUCGUCCUCAAGGAGGGCAAGAUAUAUUAUCCCUUAUGGGCCAGAUGAUGAAACCUCGCAAAACAGAAAUCACUGACAAACUGCGACAGGAAAUUAAUAAGGUUGUUAACAGAUAUAUUGAUGAAGGCAUUGCAGAACUUGUACCUGGUGUCCUUUUUAUCGAUGAGGUUCACAUGCUAGAUAUUGAAUGUUUUUCUUACUUAAAUCGUGCUUUGGAGAGCUCAAUAUCACCAAUUGUGAUUUUUGCUACUAACAGGGGAAUAUGUAAUGUGAGGGGAACUGAUAUGACCAGUCCACAUGGCAUACCAGUAGAUUUGCUUGAUCGUCUGGUUAUUAUAAGGACAGAAACAUAUGGUCCCACUGAAAUGAUUCAGAUAUUGGCUAUUCGAGCUCAAGUUGAAGAAAUUGAUAUCGAUGAAGAUAGUCUAGCUUACUUGGGGGAGAUUGGGCAACAAGCAUCAUUAAGGCAUGCAAUCCAGCUGCUAUCACCUGCUAACAUUGUGGCCAAAACUAACGGAAGGGAUAAGAUUUGCAAGGCUGAUCUCGAGGAAGUGACUUCUCUAUAUCUAGAUGCCAAGUCUUCUGCGAGGCUUCUUCAGGAGCAGCAAGAAAGAUACAUAACCUGAUCAUAUUUUAUUUCCGUUGGACGUUAUCCUCUUCCAAAAGGAUAGCAGUGCCUUAGCAUGUAGAAUUGAAGUCACAGACGUUUGCUUUAACCGAUCUGUAUCUUGGUGUAGUAGUCAUUUAUCUGAUUUAAAGCUCAAGCUUUGUCGGGAUGUAAUUCCAGUCUCAUUGUGGCCUUUGUUCUUGAUAUCAGCACAGAAAUUAGCAAUUGGGGUUUCAAAGAAAGGCUGAUAAUUGAGCUGUGAAGACAGAAAUUGGCUUUUUUUACUUUGUUUGUAUUACUUGUGGAUGGAAAUUAAGCAUAUUCCAUGCUGUCUUAUUUUGACAUGCAUCUUCUGCUA